AUGCUUAGCUCUGAUUUGCCCUCCGUUUCGUCAUUCGUCACCCUUGCUCUUUCCGCAGUUUGCGGCCCACUCGUCUUUCUAUUCAUCUUUUUGUUCUUCGUCUCCGACCUCAAGGCACGCAAGGAACACGCUCGAGUAGCUGGACUCGAAUGGAUGGGCAAGGACCCAAACCAGUUCUUCUCGGCUAUUCGUGCCAAUUAUCGUGGUCUUGUUGACUCGGUCGCCCUGUACAGGGCGGGCUACAAGAAGUAUUCGAAGGUCGACCGAUUGUUUAUUGCGCCAACGUGGACAAAGGGGCCGCAAAUUAUCCUUCCACCAAGCAUGGGGAGUUGGCUUGCGUCUCAUCCGGAUGAAAUACUCAAUGCGAAAGAUUGCACGUUUGACACUGCACAAUUCACUUACACUGUGGGCCAUGAAUCGAUCACUUCCAAUGAUAUGAUUGACCUGCUCAUCAAACGUGAAUUAACCCGCACCAUUGGUACUCUAAAUGAUCUGCUCGUCGAGGAGAUCGUCAGCUCCAUUGAAACGCUCUAUGGCCUUGAUGGCGAGUGGCGCGAAGUCCCUGUGUUUGAUUCGUUGACUCGCACCGUCGGCCGUGUCGCCAAUCGCAUAUUUGUUGGCAAGGAACUAUGUGGGAAUAUGGACUUUGUGAUGGCAGGCACUCGAUUUGCGAGGGAUAUAUCUGUCAGCAGCUACAUCCUCCACCUCUUCCCUAAGUUUAUGAAGCCAGCUGUAGCUUGGUUUGCGACCAUUCCCAAUCGGCGGCAUUCUGGGAUUGCUAUGAAGUAUUUAAAACCGCUGAUCAAACAGAGAAUCGAUGAUAUGAAGAAGAAGCAAGCCGAUCCAACCUAUGCGUGGGAGGAACCUAAUGACUUCAUCACAUGGAUGGUUCGUGAAUCGUUCAAACGCAACACAGAAGACGAGACGUCUGUGUAUGCACUUGCCUAUAGAAUUGUGCUGCUUAACUUUGCUGCAAUCACGACGACUACGAUAAUGUCGACCAAUGCUUUGCUAGAUAUUUGGUCCGCUCCAAAUGCUGAAGAGAUUGUUUCCUCACUACGAGAGGAAGCCCAAAAGGUGCUGUUUGAGAGCGAAGGUGUUUGGACUAAAGCGGCGGUAAACAAGCUCCAUCGGCUGGACAGCGCCAUUCGGGAGUCGAGUCGUAUUUCUGGUGUGGGUGGUACUUCCAUGGCGCGGCGCGUUCGCGCCGAGAACGGGAUCACCCUCCCGAAUGGCUUUGUUGUACCCAAGAACUCCACUUUAGGCGUUGCGAUGGACGGAUUGCACUUUGACGAGCAAUAUUAUAACCAGCCGAACGAGUUUGACCCCUUCCGUUUCAGUCGCCCCAGAGAGGAAGCCGCAGAGAGCCAGAAAGCGCAGGUUCAUGCGCCGAAGCUCGUUGACACCUCCGUCCACUUCUUGCCCUUCUCUACCGGCAUCCAUGCUUGUCCUGGACGAUUCUUCGCUGCCAACAACAUCAAGCUGAUACUCGCACAUAUACUUCUCCAUUACGAGAUCCAACCCUUUGCGAAAAGGGAGCCGAAUAUUUCGUUGGGCGACAUCUCGGUUGUGCCCGUCCACGCGAAAAUGAUGAUUCGUCGUCGGGUCAAGGCAUAA